CGCCAUUCAUCAACAGAGCCGACCAGACGACAAUCACCAGAGCAGAGCAGAUUAGGCGACGAUAGUCGAUUGUAACGGAGACAGGAAGGCCGAUCACAGGCCCACUCACGAAUACGUAGGGUCUAGGAGACGAGUACCGUGCUCAGUCGAAGCUGCGAACGUUUCAAUUUAAUCAGUUACGAUCUAAAAGAAACGCCUGACAGUUAGUACAGAGUCCUGUUCCAGCCCUAUCCCGCCUUUGAACCUUCACCGCGCGCCGAUCCAGCCGCCAUAAUGCUGAAUGUGACAAUAGCGGAGGCGGCGCAAAUGCUGGGGAGACCUUUAACGGCAGCGGAGGCGGCGUGGGUGGGCGCGACGGCAGGCGUGGCGGACUACCAGCUGUACUGCUGCACCGUGGUGCUGCUGGCGGCGCUCUACUCGCUCGCGUGCCUGCCGUACGCCAUCCUCGACUACCUUCGCCUGCCCUUCUUCGAGCAGUACAGACUGCAGCCCACCAUCUACCACUCGCCAGCUGACACGUGGAAAUGCUACAGGGACGUGAUCGGCGUGAUGCUAACCACCAUUCUGCCGCUCCAGCUGCUCUCGUACCCUUUCUUCAAGGUAGCUGGCAUCACGGCGUCGCUGCCCCUGCCAACGGUGUCCACCAUGGCGCUGCAGAUAUUCGUCUUUCUGCUGCUCGAGGACUACGGCAACUACUGGAUCCACCGCCUCUUCCACCAUCCCCUCCUCUACAAGCACAUCCACUACAAGCACCACGAGUACACGUCCCCCAUGGGCGCGGCCGCCACGUACGCGCACUGGGCGGAGGUGCUGGUGCUGGGCAUCCCCACCUUGGUGGGGCCGGCCAUGGUGCAGUGCCACGUGGUCACGCUGUGGGCCUGGAUCCUGCUGCGCCAACUGGAGGCCAUCGAGACGCACUCGGGGUAUGACUUCCCGUGGUCGCCCACGCGGCUGAUCCCGUUCUACGGCGGGCCGCGCUUCCACGACUACCACCACGAGGUGGGGGGCCACAGCCACUGCAACUUCGCCUCCAUCUUCACCAUCUGCGACUGGCUCUACGGCACCGAUAAGGGCUACUACGCCAAGGUGGCGGCUGAGGAGAAGAUGAAGAAUCUAAGGGCAGAAAAAUCGAAGAAGGAAAAGUAAAAUAAGCCUCCCUCGCUCUAGAGAUGCUUGUCAUUGUCUCUACCUAGCAUAAAUGCUUGGGAGACACUUGUGAUAUGCCAACUACCGGCACUCCAGGUCACCCAGGCAAUGACUUAUUUUAUUUAUUACAACAGCAGUGAGCUUGAAAAAGGAAUGCGAUAGCUAGAGGGAAAGUAUAUCGGCGCUCAGCAUUAGGGGCCUAGAUAACAUGUACGCUCAGUGACACGAUAUAAACAAUCAGAAAUAGC